AUGACGUCUUUAAGCAACCUCAUCCCCGAACUACUCGACCCCAUUCUCUUCUAUCUACGCAAACGUGACAUCCUCUCCCUCCUCCGGACAUGCAAAUACCUUCACUCCGUCUGUCUACCGUAUAUAUGGUCAAGAUUAACCCUUUACGACACCAUUACGCCAGAUGAUGAUGAGUUCAGCAUCUACAAUGAACUCUCAAAACACCGGGUAUGGCGGCUCGCUGACACCACCGACGAAUUUGGCGUAGAUGCAUUAGGAUACAAGUACAUCAAGAAAAUCAAAAUCCUUGCACCCGAGACCACUUUCUCAAUAAAGAGCCGUACUGUAAAAAAUGGAUUUCAAAGACUUCUGGAAGACUUAAUUAAGUCUGGGAAAAUUAACCUUCGAGAGGUUGCCCUGCGAGAUGCCAACAAGUACCCAAUCCCGCCCGAUGUCGACUUUAGUCUGUUGCAUCGAAUCAAGAAAUAUUCGGAAUCGAAAUCCCCGGGCGAGUUUUCGAUGACUUUACAUACUGAAUCUCUACCUCCGCUCCUUCGAACGGGCGCUCUGAACCUAACUGUUCUUACAAAACUGCGAGCGGUCCAUCAUUUGCAAGGUGGAACUUUCUCCGAAGAGUGGAGGGAAUUUCACGAAAGCUUGUCCAUUCAUAUAGAGGAUAAUAUUAUUGAUGAAAUCGAGGCAUUAACACAGCUCCUCUCCGGCGCUGUCAAUCUGAAGGAACUCUGGAUACGGCCAGAAUCUCGCAGAUACGAACCGGGGUCGAUCCAUAGUCUGACCGAGCCUUUAAAAGGCCUCCAAACCGCCCUCGACGGUUUAAAGAGGUUAGAAAAGUUAGUGAUUGGACCCGCGACAUACCCGAGUGACAGCGCAGUGUUCUUCCACCCAUCAUUCUUCAUAGCACCACCUGAAAAUUGCAAGACCCUACAAUAUGGCUGCACGGCAUCAAUCGCUUGGUGGAGGAAAUUCGCAGCUCACCCGCUCCCCGGGGUCGAAAAUUUAAGACUCGGUCUCUCUCCGAUGACACUGAUCGGCAAUCGAUGGGUUGACGAUAAGGAGGAUGAAGAGGUCCUGCAGCAGCUAAUCCCGGGGGAAUCGAUAAGUGGCCGAUGGAGAACGAAAUUCUACAUAGGCGAUGUAGCAGUCAGAGGGCUAAAAAAAUUUACCCUCGAUCCCGAAUAUUACAUAGACGAAGCUACGGAUCCUAUGGAUCUUGAAGCUUGCAUAUAUCGCAGAAAUAAGGGACUUAAUGAGGCUCAUAGGAAAAAGAUUAAGGACGAGGUUAUAUCUGGUUUUCGCCGUCAAAUACUAGACGGCUUUAGCGUUGGUAUGGCACGCUGCGCAAGACGUAUUGCAACCCGACAUUUUGAGGAUUGGAUGGGAAGAAAUGCAAUCGAAGAGGCUUCAGCUGAAAGAUGUUUUGAGGAAUUAAAUCUCGAGAAGGAGAAACAUGUCGUCGAAUUCACAAAACUACUUUCGAGUUGGGCGGAAAGAAACAUUGAUAAGUUUCACUUCUACUCCAAAAAAAACCAAGACGAACUUAAACUGUUAGAAGGUUUCAUCGAAGAUGAUGUUUAG